GAGUGCGGUGGCAGGAGGGGGCGGGGAGGGAAGCGGAGGCUCGGAGCUCUAGGCCGGCCGGUGGCGGCGGCGAGGCCGGGACUCGGGCUUAGGGCCUGCUGUGGCGGCAGCGGCGGACGCCGAGCUAAGCAGUUUCUCUGGAAACCCCCCUGGUAAGUGUGGAGGAGGCGGGACACUCUGACCCAAGACGAAAGGCCUGUAGCUCCAGCCAAAGAAAAUAAACCUUAGGAGGGAGAAGGAAAAAAAAAAAAAAUCCAUCAGCUGUUCCUGAGAACAGCCUGCAGUGGAAUCUACAGAGAGGACAACUAAUGUGAGUGAGGAAGUGACUGUAUGUGGACUGUGGAGACACAAUGCUUUCUCUGAAGAAAUAUUUAACGGAAGGACUUCUCCAGUUCACCAUUCUGCUGAGUUUGAUUGGGGUACGGGUGGACGUGGAUACUUACCUGACCUCACAGCUCCCCCCGCUCCGGGAGAUCAUCCUGGGGCCCAGUUCUGCCUAUACUCAGACCCAGUUCCACAACCUGAGGAAUACCUUGGAUGGCUAUGGUAUCCACCCCAAGAGCAUAGACCUGGACAAUUACUUCACUGCCCGGCGGCUCCUCAGUCAGGUGAGGGCCCUGGACAGGUUCCAGGUGCCAACCACUGAGGUAAAUGCCUGGCUGGUUCACCGAGAUCCAGAGGGGUCUGUCUCUGGCAGUCAGCCCAACUCAGGCCUCGCCCUCGAGAGUUCCAGUGGCCUCCAAGAUGUGACAGGCCCAGACAACGGGGUGCGAGAAAGCGAAACGGAGCAGGGAUUCGGUGAAGAUUUGGAGGAUUUGGGGGCUGUAGCCCCUCCAGUCAGUGGAGACUUAACCAAAGAGGACAUAGAUCUGAUUGACAUCCUUUGGCGACAGGAUAUUGAUCUGGGGGCUGGGCGUGAGGUUUUUGACUAUAGUCAUCGCCAGAAGGAGCAGGAUGUGGAGAAGGAGCUGCGAGAUGGAGGCGAGCAGGACACCUGGGCAGGCGAGGGCGCGGAAGCUCUGGCACGGAACCUGCUAGUGGAUGGAGAGACUGGGGAGAGCUUCCCUGCACAGUUUCCAGCAGACAUUUCCAGCAUAACAGAAGCAGUGCCUACUGAGAGUGAGCCCCCAGCUCUUCAGAACAACCUCUUGUCUCCUCUUCUGACCGGGACAGAGUCACCAUUUGAUUUGGAACAGCAGUGGCAAGAUCUCAUGUCCAUCAUGGAAAUGCAGGCCAUGGAAGUGAACACAUCAGCAAGUGAAAUCCUGUACAAUGCCCCUCCUGGAGACCCACUGAGCACCAACUACAGCCUUGCCCCCAACACUCCCAUCAAUCAGAAUGUCAGCCUGCAUCAGGCGUCCCUGGGGGGCUGCAGCCAGGACUUCUUACUCUUCAGCCCUGAGGUGGAAAGCCUGCCUGUGGCCAGUAGCUCCACGCUGCUCCCGUUGGCCCCCAGCAAUUCCACCAGCCUCAACUCCACCUUCGGCUCCACCAACCUGACAGGGCUCUUCUUUCCACCCCAGCUCAAUGGCACAGCCAAUGACACAGCAGGCCCAGAGCUGCCUGACCCUUUGGGGGGUCUGUUAGAUGAAGCCAUGUUGGAUGAGAUCAGCCUAAUGGACCUGGCCAUUGAAGAAGGCUUUAACCCUGUGCAGGCCUCCCAGCUGGAGGAGGAAUUUGACUCUGACUCAGGCCUUUCCUUAGACUCGAGCCAUAGCCCUUCUUCCCUAAGCAGCUCUGAAGGCAGUUCUUCCUCUUCUUCCUCCUCUUCUUCCUCUUCUUCCUCUGCUUCUUCCUCUGCCUCUUCCUCCUUUUCUGAGGAAGGUGCGGUUGGCUACAGCUCUGACUCUGAGACCCUGGAUCUGGAAGAGGCCGAGGGUGCUGUGGGCUACCAGCCUGAGUAUUCCAAGUUCUGCCGCAUGAGCUACCAGGAUCCAGCUCAGCUCUCAUGCCUGCCCUACCUGGAGCACGUGGGCCACAACCACACAUACAACAUGGCCCCCAGUGCCCUGGACUCAGCCGACCUGCCACCACCCAGUGCCCUCAAGAAAGGCAGCAAGGAGAAGCAGGCUGACUUCCUGGACAAGCAGAUGAGCCGGGAUGAGCACCGAGCCCGAGCCAUGAAGAUCCCUUUCACCAAUGACAAAAUCAUCAACCUGCCUGUGGAGGAGUUCAACGAGCUGCUGUCCAAAUAUCAGCUGAGUGAAGCCCAGCUGAGCCUCAUCCGAGAUAUCCGGCGCCGGGGCAAGAACAAGAUGGCGGCGCAGAAUUGCCGCAAGCGCAAGCUGGACACCAUCCUGAAUCUGGAGCGUGAUGUGGAGGACCUGCAGCGCGACAAAGCUCGGCUGCUGCGGGAGAAAGUGGAGUUCCUGCGCUCCCUGCGACAGAUGAAGCAGAAGGUCCAGAGCCUGUACCAGGAGGUGUUUGGGCGGCUGCGGGAUGAGAAUGGGCGACCCUACUCGCCUAGUCAGUAUGCGCUCCAGUACGCCGGGGACGGCAGUGUCCUCCUCAUCCCCCGCACGAUGGCCGACCAGCAGGCCCGGCGGCAGGAGAGGAAGCCAAAGGACCGGAGAAAGUGAGCCUGGGGAGGAAGGGGGUUUGAUGCCCACCAAGACCGAAACUGGAGAAAGGCUGGACCUGGACCUGGACCUGGACCUACAGCGGGGACUUAAAUGCCUUCUUAUCCAAUAUAUCUUCUCAGAUGGGAUGACUGCGGGUCAGUGUACAGGAAGAGGCAGGCACUGGCUGGCUCAGCUCCACUCGGGUGGAGUGGAAGUGGCCAGACCAUUUGGAUGGACAGGGUCCUCACCCUACCCCUUUCCUGUGAGGCAAGGGUGAUGGUGGAGUUGCUGGAGGUAGAGGAGCUAUGUGGAGCAAAGGCCAACAGAGGGGAAGGAAUGGACCUGUGAGAGGAAGGGAAGGUGGCAGAAAGUCUCAUUUCAGGAAGGAGGGAAAGAAAGAAGGAAGGAAGGAAACCCCCCCCAAAAAAAAUCAAAGCGAGAAGAAAAUCAGAGGGAAGGUUAAGGUUGGCUCUGGCCAGGAUUCCAGGCAGCAGGUUGGAGUGACUGGUGGGCCUAGGUCACUGGUGUGAUAAACCCCAUUUCACCCCUGGGGGUUACGCAGACACAGGGUGGGGUUGGGGAGGGGCGGUGUUAACUCUUUCUGCUCCUUGCAUUUUGGCAUCCCUGAAGGGGAGCUCUUGGAUAUCAUCGGCCGUAACGUUUCAAUCAAAUGGAGCCACUGGGCCCCAACACUGGCUUGGAGAUUUAGGGUCAAAGGGUAGAGUGAACUGGAAAGGGUCACGUGGCCCCGUGUUGCAGCAGCCCCAACAUCACGCAUGUCAUUCACUGCCUUGCCACUCCAUCUCCCUCUGUGCUCCAGCCACCCCUGAGCUGAGGCUCCCAUUGUCUCCAUCAGAGCCUGCAUGUGAAUGCCAUCCUCCCUGGGUUCGGUGUUUGUGUUCCCCACCCCUCACAGACUUCCUGAGCUCUUCUGUAAGCUGGGGUAGGGUGCUGGCAGUGCUCCGGGAACUGGGCCUGCAGCCUUCCUCUUCUGGGACUGCUGUGAGGCAGAGGAAUGAUGGAGGAUCUAGUGCAGCAGCCUCCAGGCAGGAUUCAGCACAACACUGGGGAGUCACCCUUCCCUCGGGCCUCUGCCUACCAACAACUGGGCUUAUCACUGGGAAAACACAAAAAAUUACACAACCCAGCAACAACAACAAAAAACUAGUCCUCUUAGAAUUUCUUGCGCUUUGAUUUUUUUAGGGCUUGUGCCCUCUUUCACUUAUAGGGUCUAGAAUGCUUGUGUUGAGUAAAAAGGAGAUGCCCCAAUAUUCAAAGCUGCUAAAUGUUCUCUUUGCCAUAAAGACUCCGUGUAACUGUGUGAACAUUUGGGAUUUUUCUCCUCUGUCCCGAGGUCGUCGUCUGCUUUCUUUUUUGGGUUUCUUUUUAGAAGAUUGAGAAGUGCAUGUGACGGGCUGAGAGCACACCCCCCUAAACACACAAGCUCUCAGCCACAGGCAGCUUCUCCCUCCACAGCCCCAGGUUAGCAUAGGCUCCUGGAGGGCUGCCUGGGGGAGGCAGACAUGGGAGUGCCAAGGUGGCCAGAUGGUUCCAGGACCACAAUGUCUUUAUUUUUAACUGUUUGCCACUGCUGCCCUCACCCCUGUGUGGCUCUGGAGUACCAUCUGCCCCAGACAAGCAGGAGUGAAAUGAGGGUGGGGGGAAGCACUGAUUCCCAGUUAGGGGGUGCCUAACUGAGCAGUAGGGAUAGAAGGUGUGAACCUGGGAGUGCUUUUAUAAAUUAUUUUCCUUGUAGAUUUUAUUUUUAAUUUAUCUCUGUGACCUGCCAGGGAGAGGGGGGAGAGAGAUGCUGUUGAGCACAUGACAAAAUAAAAUAAAAUGGAUGAUUCAUUCU